AUGAGUAUGUUAAAACCAAGUGGUCUUAAGGCUCCUUCAAAGUCCAUCAAGCAUGGGGGUACCUUGCUGAAAACACCUGCAUCUGUUGCAGCUGCUCCAGCAGAAAAAGCAGCCUCCAGUGAAAAGACCUCAAGCACAACCACUGCAGAUGCACAUGAAGAGUUUGUGGAUGAUUUCAGAGUUGGGGAGCGUGUUUGGGUCAAUGGAAAUAAACCUGGCUUUAUUCAGUUCCUUGGUGAAACACAGUUUGCUCCAGGACAGUGGGCAGGGAUUGUUCUGGAUGAACCAAUUGGUAAGAACGAUGGCUCUGUGGCUGGAGUUCGCUAUUUCCAGUGUGAACCCUUGAGGGGAAUAUUUACAAGACCAUCAAAAUUGACAAGAAAAGUGCUGACAGAAGAUGAAGCCAACGGUACACAGACAGCUCAUGCUUCUAGGGCUACAUCACCAACUUCCACAUCGGCUGCUAGUGUGGUGUCUGCACUUCCCCCAUCAGGAAUUCCACAGAAAACUUCACCACUUGCUGCUAAGGACCAUUCAACUCCAUCUCAGAUUAGCAAUCUUACAAAAACUGCAAGCGAAUCUAUAUCAAAUCUUUCUGAAGCUGGAUCACUAAAGAAGGGAGAAAGGGAGCUCAAAAUUGGCGAUCGAGUUCUGGUUGGUGGAACAAAAGCGGGAGUUGUGCGUUUCUUGGGAGAAACUGAUUUUGCUAAAGGAGAAUGGUGUGGAGUAGAGCUGGACGAACCUCUGGGGAAGAAUGAUGGAGCUGUUGCUGGAACAAGGUAUUUUCAGUGUCAGCCCAAAUACGGUUUGUUUGCUCCAGUCCACAAAGUCACGAAGAUCGGGUUCCCGUCAACCACACCAGCGAAGGCAAAGACAACUGUGCGAAAAGUGGUUGCGACUCCCACAGCCCUGAAACGUAGCCCAAGUGCAUCUUCUCUGAGCUCUCUCAGCUCUGUGGCAUCUUCAGUAAGCAGCAAGCCGAGCCGUACAGGACUA